CUGCUACUCUUCCACCCACUGCUUCUCUUUCCUCUUGUCCCUCCGUCUGUCUCUUUCUGUCCUUAGACUCGAUUCGACCAUUAGUAAAAGCUCCUGCUAAGGCCAAGACGCUAGGAUGUCGCUGCAGGAGAGCAAGGCCAGGACGGGCCAGCAGCUCGUGCUCAUCCUCUGCGAUGGCACCCGGGACCUGGACCAGGUCAGCCUCGACGAUGCUGCGGCGCAGCACGACCUCACGCCCAUCAGCCUCCUUCGGUCCGAUUUUGCAACGUGCCCCGUCACCUUUACGCGCGAGAACCUAGCGCCGCGCGACCCCGCCGCCACUGCUGCUAGUGUUCAUGCUGCUAUUGGUGGAGACGGCAGGGACACGGACAGCGAGACGAUUGCCUGCUUGCGCCUACAGGGAACGCGCUCGAAUGCGUACGGCCACUCGCUCGCGUCCAGCUCCAAGGUCGUCUCGCGCUGGCAUGCGAUGCUCGAGUGGAGUCCCAACGGCCGGCUCACCAUCAAGGAUCUCGGCUCGACUCACGGCACCUUUGUCGCUAGGUCCAGUGCGCAGCUCCACAGGUCUCCCCCCGUCAGCCGUCGCUGCAGGCCUGAAGAGCCCGUCGAGAUCCACGACGGCGACGUCAUUACCCUGGGCAAGGCUGUCUUGAAGAACGACAGCCUCCAUCGGCCUCUGAAGUGUCUGGUCAAAAUUCUCAACGAGAACGAGACAUGGACGCCGAGGAAGGAUGCCGGAGGAAACCAUAGAUACGCAUGUAUCAACGACGAUGCUGAGUCAGACGACGGCGACCACGACGAUAUCAUCGUUGAAGAUGUGCGCAGUCCGUCGAUGGAUGCCCACCAUCCGCAUUCAUCCCCGGUGCUUGCGCGAUUGCCGUCGAUCGAGGCCAUCGUCGCGCCGAGUAACAGCAACAGGACCGUCAUCCAAAUUUCUGAUGGCGAAGAUGAUGAUGACGACGAUGAUGAUUCCGAUUACGUGGAAGAGGACGGCGACACUCGACAAACCAUACAGGUCCGAGAUGUCUAUAUCAUGUGCGAAGACGACUCCAGCUCCGACGAUGAGAAUCGUGCCAGCCCGCAGCCAAUUGAGCUGUCUUCGUCCAUCUCAGUCCGCGAAUCGUACAGCGCGAGACCUGCUGAAGCCGUUGCCGUCAGCGCCACCGACGGCAUUGUGGUAGCCGACGGUGCCAUUGCUGCCGAGGAAGAGGCAUGCGUCGAAGAAGAAAACGUGGAGGAGGUGCAAGAGCACCAACGCUCCUUCCUCAGCUCCAUGCACCCAUCUGAGGAAGCCGGCGAAGAGGACGAGGACGACGACAUGUACGACGAAGACGCCAACGACUUCGAUGAUCAUGACGAUAUGCUCGACGAAGAUGACAAUGACCCUCACGAAGACGCCCACGAAGAUGGUCUCACCGCUUUUGAAACGAGCAAAGAAGGAGCUUCUCUUUUCGACUUCCUCGACGAGGCAGAUGAGAUGUUGAGGCAGGAACGUCCCAACUCCUGCGAUGGCGUCUCAUCGUCCUCGUCCUCGUCUUCGUCGCGUGACUCUUCUUGUGUCCCUCACGAAGAAGAGGCCAAGAUGCUUGAGUCGGCAUUCACGACGCCUGCAAAGUCGCCAAUGAAGAAGGCGGUGGGUGCAGGGAAGAGCCUCGCCGUGGAUCGCGACGGUACGGUCGACAACCUUAAAUGUCUAGACGAUCGACUGGUUGGCUCUUCCACCGCGAUCAAGUUCGAUCUGCACCACUCAAGGGACUAUAGUAACAUACAAGAUGUCAAUGAAGCACGCUCGGACGCUCCGGCAGCGCCUGCGUCAUCCACGUCAUCCACGUCAGCUUCACCCAGCACUAGCAGCCGCCGCAAGCGGACCAUUGACGAGGUGGACGAUGACACUGAUACAGGUGCAUGUGCCUGCAUGCAGAACGCGACAGAGCUGGCCGGGUCGUCCAGCGGCUCUGGGACAGCUCUUUCCAGCAAGGCGAAGGAGCCGCCGCUGUCUCCUCGUCCGGCCAAGAGGGGCAACACGAUCGCUUUUGGCGCCCUCUGCGCGGCCUUUGGUGUCGUCACCGGUGCAGUCGGCACGAUCGUUGGCCUGAGCCAGUUUGCUCUCGAUUAAGUCUUGUCUCGAUCCCACAGCUUCUCUUUGUAUCAAACCUUAUCGGCGUCUUUCUGUCUCUGUGUACGCCCGUGGCUCGAUUUUCUCUUUCUAUGACCCUACAAGCACUCCUUCUGCGCCUCCUUCUCCACCCCAUGCCAUACACACGUAUAUUGUCACACCUACACCCACGGCCAAGGAUCAAGAAGCGGCCACAGUGCCCUUCCCCUCUCUUCUGCGCUCAGCCCUCCUUUCCCCUUUUGACAAUUCAAGACACACACAAAUGCACCCUUGUCUCGUCUCUUGAUCUCUUCAAAAUACAAUUCAACGAUGAGUGUCAGUCUGU